GAGAGGCCACAAUCAAUCUGACUCGGAGCAAGAGACACAAGAACCUUCAGGGACAGAUAAAACAGAGUUGCCAGAGGAGGACAGAAACCUGAAGCCGUUUCGAAACUACAGAGUUAAACCUGAGAGAAACAUACAGGAAGAAGAAACAGUGAAGAUUGCUCUUCCCUGACUGGGAUAAUCGCAGAUUUUCCUGCCCGUUUUGUUUGUGCCUGUCAGCAGGUGCAAUGCCUGCCACGUCACAACAGCAGGUGGGCAGCAGGGGGCGAUGCACUGCUCUCCUGUUCCCGCUCCUCCUGCUGUCUGUGGCUCCCAGGCCCGGGAAUGCCACCAUCAACAUCCCAUCCAAAUACAAAAUAAGAGACUUGAAAAGCCCCCCAGUGAUUACCGCCCAGCCGGAGUCUGUCACCACCUUUUCAGCAGAUGACAUCACACUCACCUGUGAGGCAAUUGGGAAUCCCCCGCCCACGUUCCGCUGGGUGAAAGAUGGUGUGGAGUUUGACCCCUCUAAAGACCCUGAACUCUCUGUGUCCAGAGAUUCUGGGACCUUUUCUUUGGCAGCCAAAGAUGGACCCAUUCACCAAUACCAGGGCAGAUAUAACUGCUACACGUCUAAUGAUCUCGGCACGGCGGUGUCUAACGAGGCUCGUAUCGUCACAGAGAACACUCCCACUCUACAGAAGGAGAAGAAGGUGUCGAAGAAGGUGGAGGAAGGAGAGAGUGUGGUGCUUCCCUGUAAUCCUCCUAACAGCACUGUGGCUCCGGUCAUCCACUGGAUGGACAAGAGUUUGUUUUAUCCUGGUUUAUCCAUGUUAAACAUGAGCCAUAUCUCAGCAAUAUCUACAUAUAUGCAUCUGUGUCUAAAUCUUUUUCUCUUAGAGUUGCGUCACAUUCAGCAAAACGAUCGUGUGAUUCAGGGUCGCGAUGGAAACUUGUACUUCUCUCAUGUGGCUCUGGCAGACAGUCGAGACGAUUACACCUGCAACACUCAGUUCCCCAGCGCACGCAUCAUCGUCCUCAAAGAGCCCAUCAAACUCGCUGUUGUUCCCUCUAACUCAGUAGUGCGUAACAGAAGGCCACAAAUGAUGCGACCCACUGGCUCCCACAGCUCCUAUCUGGUGCUCAGUGGCCAAAACCUGGAGCUGGAGUGCAUUGUCCAGGGCCUGCCCUCUCCCAAAAUUCAGUGGAUCAGGAAGGAUGGAGUCCUGUCAGAGUCCCGCACAUCCAAAGAUAGUUAUGAUCGAGUUCUGCGCUUUAAGAAUAUCUCAGAGUCUGACAGCGGCGAGUACCAGUGUACUGCCACAAAUCUGCAAGGCAUGAUCACUCACACCUACAGCGUCACUGUGGAAGCUGCCCCAUAUUGGAUUAAAAAACCAAAGAGCCAACUGUACGCCCCGGGAGAUACAGUCAAACUGGAAUGUAAAGCUGAUGGUAUUCCCAGCCCUGAGGUCACCUGGAGCAUCAAUGGCAAUCUUCUUACUGAUAUUGACCCAGACCUCAGACGCAGCUUGAAACAUGGCGUUCUCACUCUGAAGAAUGUGGAGCUCAGUGACACUGCAGUGUAUCAGUGCAAAGCAGUCAAUAAGCAUGGAUCUAUCCUCAUCAAUGCCUACGUCUAUGUUAUAGAACUGCCUCCCCAGAUUCUGACAGAAGAUGGUCUCAUGUACUCUGUGGCAGAGGGACAGACAGCUGAGCUGGCUUGUGAGACCUUUGGCUCUCCUCAGCCCAAUGUCACAUGGGAAGGUGAGACCUGGGGUGCACUUGAAGCCAACCCAAGGAUGAGCCAGUUACCCGAUGGCUCUCUACAGAUCAGUAACCCCUCCCUCAAUGACAGCAGCCAGUACACCUGCACUGUUAGCAACAGUAAAAUCACCAUCACUGCUGAGCUGGAUGUACUCAAUAAGACAGUCAUUGUGAAACCUCCAUUGGCUCUGCGAAUCCAGCGGGGGAAGCCCGCUACCCUCACCUGCGAGUACCAGGUGGACUCCAGGCAGGACACCCCUCAAGUCCAGUGGAGGAAGAACCGGCAGAAGCUCACAGAAUCCUCUGAUUCUGACAAGUACAUGAUAGACGAAUCCACCCUCAUAAUACCUGAUGUCGAGGAAGAGGAUGAAGGGAUUUACACCUGUGAAGUCAUUACCACUCUGGAUAUGGCUGAAGCGAGUGGCUCCAUCACUAUCGUUGACCGACCAGACUCUCCGACACAAAUACAGAUGACCGAACCUAAAGAUCGCAGUGUCACUCUCAGCUGGACACCUGGAGAUGAUCAUAACAGCCCUGUGCUAGAGUAUUUGAUUGAGUUUGAGGAGACUGAGUAUGAAAGAAAAGAAUGGGAGGAGCUAAGCCGCAUGCCAGGCAACAAUCAGCGAACUACCCUUUCCCUGAAGCCCUUCCUUUCCUACCGUUUCCGAGUCAUCGCCAUCAAUGACAUCGGCAAGAGUGACCCGAGCAUGUACACAGAUGUCUUUUCCACACCAGCUGCUCCUCCAGACAGUAACCCUGAAGGAGUGCGCAGUGAUUCCAUCGACCCAGACAACCUUGUCAUCACAUGGAAGGAAAUGGACAGGCGUAGUUUCAACGGCCCAGGUUUUAGCUAUAUAGUGAUGUGGAGGAAAGUUUUGGGCAGCGGUCCAUCCUGGAACACCAAAUUGAUGACCUCUCCACCCUUCACCGUCACAGAUGUGGGCAACUUCUCUGCCUUUGACAUUAAAGUGCAAGCUGUUAAUGAGAUGGGAAAUGGUCCGGAGCCCAAAUCCACCAUUGGAUACUCUGGAGAGGACUACCCGCUUGAGGCCCCUAUGGAUGUGGGAGUGGCUUUGAUCAACAGCACUGCAAUUGUAGUGACGUGGGCGCCCAUAAACAGAGAAACUGCGAGAGGUCGUCUGCAGGGUUACAAGAUUUAUCUUAUGCACUAUGGCCCGGAAAGCAGACACCUCCGACGGGAGCGUGUUAGGGAGGGGAAGCCAAGCAACAUCUCGUUUGUGAUGACAGACAGUAAUGAGGAGAGGAAGGUUCUGGGAGACCUGCAGCCCUACUCCCAUUACGCACUGUCUGUGAGUGUCUUCAACAAUAAAGGAGAAGGUCCCCAGUCUGACCCCCUCACUUUCCACACUCCAGAAGGAGUACCUGGUCCUCCAUCAUCUUUGCUGCUGGAUAGCCCAUCGGAGACAGAAAUGACACUGCAUUGGACUCCACCCACCCAGCCGAACGGUGUCCUGAAAGGAUACAUGUUAAAGUAUCAACAAGUUGAUAAAGAAGACAGUCCCAUGCAAAUGAUAGAGAUUAGUGACCACGUGGUGUCUCACUUCAGCUUAAAGCUGGAUCCUCAUAGCCGUUACCGCUUCUACCUGCAAGGCUACACUGCUAAGGGAGAAGGUCUGCCAAUCAUCACGGAGGGAGCCACAACUCUGGAUGGAGUUCCACCCUCCAACAUUAGUUUAUCGACUGGAGAGACAUCAGUCAACCUGACAUGGGUAUCGAAAGAAAGACAGAGGAACGUGGGAUUCUUUAUUCAUUACCUGAAAAAGGAUGGCAAAGGCACAUGGAAGCGCUCUGAAAGAGUGAACAGCUCUCAGUCUUUUUACACGCUGCAGGGGCUCCAGUCUGGGUCCGAGUACCGCUUGAAGAUUGACUUCAAAAACAAAACUUUAUGGGAGGAUGAGAUCCAGACAGCAGGAGCAAAAGUCAUGGAGAUAAGUCAAGGGUUUGUGACUGAGAGCUGGUUCAUUGGACUCAUCAGCGCCCUCGUGCUGUUGCUGCUGGUACUGCUCAUUCUGUGUUUCAUAAAACGAAGCAAAGGUGGAAAAUACUCAGUCAAAGAAAAAGAAGAAGGCCAGAUAGAUUCUGAAGUUCGGCCAAUGAAUAAUGAGGCUUUUGGAGAGUACAGAUCGCUGGAGAGUGACAAUGAGGAGAAGCAGACAGCCAGUCAGCCAUCUCUGUGCGAGGAUAGUAAGCUAUGUACCGACGACGCUCUAGAUGACUACGCCAACAGCAACAGCGUGCAGACCGAGGUCAUCAUGGACGAGUCACUGGCUAGUCAGAGCAGCGGAGUCCGAGAUGUUCCUGACCCCGGGACUCAGGAAAGUUCCCCUCUAAAUCCUGCCACAGCCAUUUCCCACCACGGCCUGCCCAACUCCGCCGCCUUCCUUGACUAGCCAGGGCGAGCCCGAGCCCAAACGUGGAUUCACACAUGUGCCCGCCUGUUGCAACCACUCAUGACUGACCAAAUAAUUGAAAACCCACAAUAAUGAGACCCACACACACAACAGAUGCCAAGAAAACCAACCAGAAGCACUGCUGGAACUUACUUCAGAUGUAAUUGAACCAACACAACACUUUUGACACAGCCAGAGGAAAACAUUCGACUGACAUAUAACAAAUAGACUGCCAUGCUCGUUGUUUACAGAUAUUAUCUCUCAUUUUACAGUAUAAAAUAGGCUCUAGCCGUUUACAGUUAUAUUGACGUGACAAGAACAUCUCCAGAAGAGACUUCUUUGAUAAUCCAGUGACCUAAAGUAGACACCGAGCUCCCAUGGCGAACACCAAAUCAAAUCGGAGUCAGAUUCACCUGUUAGUCAAUUAAAAAACGUUGUAGAAGGAGGGUAUGAGGGAGAAGAGAGAAGCUGAGGGCCUUAAAAUCAUGACUAAGUGCGUUGUGCAAGCAUAUAGACAGCAUGAUCUGGUUGCAAAAUUUAAUCAACUUAUUGUUUUGUGCGUCUCUGUCAUUUCUUUCUUUCUUUUUAUUCUUUGAAGACUUGCCUGAACCAUUUU